CGAAACCCAAAAGCAGACCGUAUAUACCAGUUGCAUUAUUCAGCUUUCGCUCCUGAACACCCCGACGCUCUCUUUCUCGAGCUCUUUCAUCAAUGGUUCGCAAACGAUUUCAGGACACGAGAACAGGUCUGUUUUACGCCGAGAACUUUUUGAAGAAAGUUGGGCUAGGAAAAGAAGACUAUCACUUCUGGAAGCAAAUAGGCAAGGCAUUGUUGUGCACCUACACGCUUUUUGGCGUAGCUUGGCUGUGGAACGAGACGUCACCGCUUGGCUGGUGGACUUUAAAGCCCCAGCCUAAGGAGGAACAGGAGCUAGCCCAUCUCUACGAGCGCCCAAAUUUUCCAUAUCCAGGUGACAAGGAGGCAAUGGAGGAGUUCAUUGCUAAGGGUGGGAUGAUUGGAACUACAAUUGGGCCGAAAGGCAUCAUCGAAACAGAUAAAGAUUCGAUCAAUUUUCAAAAGAAUUUGCAGGACAAGAAGUUUGAGCAGGAGGCUUUUAAGCUGUGGAUGAGGAUGAAGAAUGAAGUCGUAUCUGAGCUUCAGCAAAAAGGCUUUGAUGUUGAGUAAUUAUUGCCUGUGGCAUUGCUCAUUUUACAUAUUUGAAAAGUCCUAUGUUUUCAGCCAAUGCUCCUCAAGAAAACGCUGCUUGAAGCCUUGAAUUUGAAUUACAAUUGUGUUCAUUGAAGCUUUAUUUGCUCGAUUUGAGUAUUUCGUGCUUGUGAUAAGAUUGUCCCAGACUACUGCAUUCGACUGAAUAUGAAUUAUGCAUAGCAUCUUUGCGUA